AGCUCUGUAGGAGCAGAGACGCUGUUGAAGGCUUCCUCUUGUUCUUCCUCUCUGACCACGCUGAGGGUUUAGGUCUUGUCACGCCUCUUCAUGAAGCAGUGUGUGUUUGCAGCUGUGAUGACAGGCAGAGUUUCAGCCGCUGUGGGUGAAAGCCUGUUUCUGCGUGAUAAUUUGUUCAUCAUGAAGGUCCUGCUGCUUGUCACGCUCCUUACAGUGUCAGGAUGUGACAGCAGCAGAGCUGUUGGUCAAACGGGUCAGAGUGUGACUCUGACCUGUAAAUAUGAUAUAAUAAAGAAUAGAGCGGCGCAUGUUUGCUGGGGUCGAGGACAGAUACCGAGAAAUCGCUGUGACAAUCAGCUGAUCUCUACAGAUGGAGAUAAAGUUAUAGAAGAGACCAGAGUUUCCAGCAGGUAUCAGCUACUGGGACAACUGGAUAAAGGAGACGUUUCUCUGACUAUCCUGAACCUCACAAAGGAAGAUGCUGGAAAAUAUGGAUGCAGAGUGGAGAUACCUGGGUGGUUCAAUGAUGAAAAAUAUCAGUUUGACUUGUCUGUUGAGAGAGCUCCAGCUGCAGCUCUGACCACAUCAGAUCCAUCAGACACACAGACCUUCACAGAGAGUCCAGAUCCUGCUCAGACUACAGCAGAUCUCAUGACCACAGAGAACCUCCUGACUUCCUGCACUGACAGCAGCAUCCCAGCUGAGCGUCAGCAGGAGAACAGCAUGCUGACGGUGGUUCUGGUGGGUGUUCUGUUCCUGUUGGUGGUUCUGGCCACUGCAGCUGGACUCUUCAUUAUGGCCAGAAGAUGGAGGCAGCUCAAACUGCCUCAGCAGCAGCAGGUCCACUUCAACUCCACCUCCUCCACCCUGCAGCUGCACCAUCGAGGCUCAGUGGUGGAGAACAUCUAUCAAAUAGAUGGAGGCGUCGAAGGAGGCGAUUACGAGUUCUGCCCCUGAGCUCUGAGGCUCCGCCCCCUGCUUUAAGACUCCGCCCCACUCUCUGAUGGAAACAUGAAGCAGGACAGUUGAAGCAACUUCAGCUUCCCUCCUCAUCCAGUCAGAGCUUCAGCUCUGCUGCUGCUGGGAGGUCAAUGUUCUUACCAGAGGUUGGUGGACAGGUGCAGCUAAACUCAACGGGACAAAACACCCAGAACCGGCUUUUGUUUUUCUGAGGCUGAAGCUGGAUUCACAUUUACUUUUUGAAUGUUCUGUAACGAGGAUGAAUGAAUCAUUCUCCGUCUGGAGGUCCAACCACACCAUCAGUAGGACCCAACUGGACCCGACCCAGCCAGAACAACAGAGUGAUGGAGCGACAGAGGAGCGUCAACUAUCACUCAUUCACACACAUACUUUUCUUUUAUUACAUAUUGUUUUAUCGCUCAGACAUGUGUCCUAAAAUGAAUAUUGUAUAGUUUGUAUUUGUCUAUUUGUUUAAAUAAAUAUCACAGACUUUUAACUGAGAAAACAUUCGCUGCAGGAAACUGUUUUAGGUUUUAAACAAAUGCUGAGCGAUGAGGGAGGGAACCACAUUCAUCCACAGUUUUCAGGACAAAGGAACCCAAAGAUCUGCUAGAAACAGCAGCACAGAGGUCAGAAUAAAAGGUUUUUCAUUGUUGAGCAAAAGAUUACAACUAAAUGAGUCUCCCUUUGAUGAACACAGCAGCAGUAAAGUUCAGGAGUCUUUCAUCAGAUUAUCAGCUGAGCUUCAGCUCUCACAAAGCUGAGCAGUUUUAAUGGCGAUGAGCUGAAAUCUCUCUUCAAGAACCACUUUGUACCAAAAGGCCCGUUUACUUACUAAGUGUUCCCAGAACCAGAACCAACCCAGGUGAGGCAGCAUUUAGGCUCUCUGCUCCUCAGCUCUGGAACAAACUGCCUGAAAACCUGAGAUGAGCAGAAACUGUUGGAUCCUUUAAAUCCGGACUGAAAACAUUUGAGUUUGCUGCAGCUUUUGAUCAAAAUGAACUUUGAACCUGUUUGAACAAACGAGCCUGAAGACAGUCAGAUAAAAAUGAGCCUUUAAUAUCUGAGUGUUAACAUCUGUUCCUUACAUGUUUUUACGCUCAUGAUUUGUUGUCUGUUUCCUUGGUUUUCCUGUAAAGCACCAUGGAUGUCUAUGAAUGAUGCUGUAGAAAUAAACCUGCCUUGCCUACA